AUGGAUUUGCAGUCAGUGCCGGGACUGGCUGAAAACCUGGAGCAGCUCACGGCCGAGCAAGUGGCAAUGGCAGAGCUACUGGUGUCAGCUGGGCAGCGAGAGGUUUUUAGCGCAUGGGAGCCAGCUGGUACUCAUGAUGCAGAGAAGCAAACAUUUUUUGAACAGAUUGGAACGCUUGAUCGCAAUUAUCCAGGAGGCAUUGGCUGCUAUUUGCAGAAUGCGAGGAGCUUGCUUCAGGAAGCAGCGAAGGGGGAGAAUCCACUUGAAGGGUGGAGUCCAUCCGUUCCCAAGGACGGCUUUCAGCCUGAAGUGGGCUCCCAAGCUUAUAUGGAAUACGAGAAGUUGGGAAGGCAAGAAGUUCAGAACUGUUGUUUUGUGAUUCCAGCGGGUGGGCUCGGGGAGCGCCUGGGCUUCAGCGGAGUGAAGUUUGCUCUUCCUGUGGAGCUAGUCACAGGCAGUUGUGUAUUGGAGGUCUAUUGUGCCUAUUUACAAGCCUUUCAAAGAUUGGCAGAAGAAGACGAUCCUAGCGCGCAAAGAUGUCAGUUGCCGCUGGUCAUAAUGGCGAGUGGGGAUACUGAGGCUGGCAUCAAGGCCCUGCUUAAAAGCAACAAAUACUAUGGCCUUGAACCGGGCCAGGUGACUGUCCUUCUACAGGAGAAAGUGGGAGCAUUAGCAAACAGCAAUGCCUUGCUCAGCAUGGAAGGUCCUUACAAGGUGGCUACAAAACCUCAUGGGCAUGGCGACGUACACUUUUUGUUGCACAAAAGCGGACUGGCACGUCGCUGGCAAACUGAAGGCAAGAAGUGGAUACUUUUCUUUCAGGACACCAACACGUUGUAUCUCACCACCUUUUUAUGUUCUCUUGGCGUUUCUGCCAAACAUUGCCUUUUGGCAAACGUCGUCACGAUGCCAAGAAAAGCCAAGGAGGCUGUUGGCUCCAUUGCGCGUUUGACGCACACAGAUGGUCAUAGCAUCGUCGCAAACGUUGAGUACAAUCAAUUGGAGCCACUCCUUAGAGCCACUGGACAUGAUGGUGACGUGAAUGGACCUGAUGGAUUUUCACCCUAUCCUGGCAACACCAACGAACUCAUUUUUGCACUUCCAGAAUAUUUGUCCGAGUUGGAAACGAAUGGUGGGCAAAUGCCGGAAUUUAUCAAUCCUAAGUACACAGAUCAAACCCGGAGUAUGUUCAAAAGCCCAACUCGGCUGGAAUGUAUGAUGCAAGACUUUCUGCGACUGUUGAAAGCAGAUGCAAAGGUUGGCUUUACCCGCUAUCCCUUGACAUUUGGCUACUUUCCAUGCAAGAACGAUAUCGCAACAGCUGCCCGCUUGGCCUCCCAGGGAACACCACCCCACGGGGCUGCUUCGGCUGAAGCAGCUGUUUAUGAUGCAAACUGCACCAUGUUGAGAAUUUUGGGGGCUUCAGUGGCAGACCCAGAAGAGCGACAUUGGAAAGGUGGCCCACAACUCAUGGGCCCUGCGGUGGUUUUGUGGCCAGACUUUGCACCCUCCAUGUUUGGCCUCCGCAAGAGACUCACAGCAGUGUCAAAAUUGUCUAUCGCCGCGAGGAGCAGCCUGGAGAUUCGCGGAGAUGUCUAUUUGGGUGAGCUCACCUUGGACGGGGCGUUGCGAAUUGUUGCGGGUCCCGGGGUCACUUUGCACAUUCCGAAGCUGAACGUGCACAACAAAGGUCAGGACUUUGUCGGCCUGACGGAUGACGAACAAGCAGGCGCUGCAACUGAAGAUUUGUGCAUUCGCGGCUACAAAUUGGUGACACAGGAUCUUGAAAGAAUAGAAGUUACUGAAGCUGGAUGUUAUACCUACUCUGAAGACAGGACGCUAUCCAAAAGAGAGUAA